UUCGCUGUUGAUGUAUUUUCUGUUGUAGAGGACAUGUUCACUUUAUUGAAACAUUAAACACAUUUCUAGGGCUAAAUGGAGGUAAUUGUAUAGCAUUAUUCAACAACGUUUCAAGUAGGCCAUCAGUGACAAACACCAUUUUGUAUUAAACUCCAGACAUUCAAGAAAUCGUUGACGAAUAUGCCGCUCUUUGGGAAUACAUUCACCCCAAAGAAAACCCCACCUCGAAAGUCUGCAUCCUUAUCGAACCUCCAUACUUUGGACCGGUCAACGAGGGAGGUGGAAUUGGGCCUUGAAUAUGGGGUUCCGGUGAUGAACAUUGGAGGCCAAAGUUUAAAAUUUGAAGAGGGGCAGUGGACUUCAGAGUCUGGCGGAACUGUGUCUAGCAAAGAAAUGCAGAGGCUAAAGAAGAGGAAUCUGCAGCUGGAAGAGGAAAACAACCUCCUCAAACUGAAAAUUGACCUCCUGUUAGACAUGCUGUCUGAAACCACGGCCGAGUCCCACCUGAUGGAGAGGGAGUUGGAGGAGAUGAAGAUCCACCAGCGGAGGAAAAAAUGAAACAUCUGAAGGCUUGGAAAUUACAACUCUAUUCAACAUUUGACUAUUCAGAGUAGUUUCGGGAUCAAUGUAAUGGAAAUUGUCAAUUUUAUCCUGGGUCAGGAUAACCUAUACUGACAUCUGUUCAAGGUUCAUGGUUGUGUGUAUUGUUUAUCUAAAAGAAACAUGUAGUUCAACAGCAUUUAGGAACCAGUUUGCUGUCAAGUUUAUAUGAUUCAUUGGUGAGGUUUAUAUAAAGCCAUAUUUUUACUUGGUGGAAAUAGUUAACAAUGAGCCAUCAUGACAAAGGGGCAUCUGGAAUGUCCUGUGAGUUCUCGAAUCUCUAGAUUUGCCUUCUAUUACUUUUAUUAUUGUAUAGUCAAUGUCGCUGAUUGCAUUCAAAGAUAUGUUUCAUAUUUAUUUUCCACUUUAAUAAAGAAAUAGAGUUGGGGUUAACCCUAGCCCCAAACGUAUUCAACAGAUCUU